AUGGCGUCGCAAACAGUUCCCGACUUUGCAUCAACCAUAAAUUCUACUGAAAAGGCUGAUUCCAUCGCCGAAAAAUAUAACUUCCCCAUAGAUGUAGAAUAUCGAGCUCCCAUAGGUACUAAGAGGGCUAAUACUCCACCAGAGGGGAAAAUUACUGUGUACGAGAGGUCGAUGUUCCUUGGACUAAGAUUCCCCCUUCACCCUCUGUUUGGUAGGAUAGUACAGUAUUAUAAGAUUCCACUUGCUCAAUUUACCCCAAACCUAGUCACAGCAGUUCUUGGAUUUGUGAGGCUCUGCGAAAUAAAGAAAGUAGCUCUUCGAUUGUUGGUAUGGAAGUACUUUUUUAAGGUCAUGUCAUCGAGCAAAGAUACCGUUGGGUUGUUUGGUGACGCCCAGAUUUUUGAAAUUAAAAAUUCAGAUGAUGAGGGAUCGUCCAACAAAGUCACCAAGAAGAGGAAGCUGAGAAGGCUUGUGAAGGCGUCCGAUGCGGAUCCAUCGGAGGCUGUCCCUCCUAUUAUCGAAGAAGUGGAGGUCCCAAUGCCUGAGGACCCAGCACCCGAGGCAAGUCCGGCGACGGAGCGGCAUCCGGAGUGGUUCAGGCCGCUCGAGGCCUCUCUAGAAAAGAAAAAUGUCAAGGACACCGAUGGCUCGUCGACAUACACUGCCGCUGCGGCCAUAUAUCAUUUCGGGGACCACAGAAUCGAGUGCCCCAUCAUCGAGGAGGUAGCGGCGACAUUGACAGAAGAAGAAUCGCUGAAAAUGCUAACUACUGCCAUGGCUAGCAUUCUUAUGCGUGAGAAGACGUUGAAGCAGGACAUCGUUAGCCUGCAGGCUAAGAGGGGAUUUCUCGAACAGGAGAGGCAGUCGAGCGAAGUCUCGAGGAAGGGUGAGGAGGCGCUGAGACUUGCUAGGGAACAAGAGCUGGCCAAUGUUCAGGUCAUGUAUAAGGAGCUCGAGGCCAAGUUGUCGGAAUAUUGGGAGACUCAUGUUCCCCGAUCAGAGUUACCGACCUGGAUAACAAAUUUUUGGACAAGGAUGGUGUCCAUGGGCGGGUUGGCAAGCAUUCUUGUGGGCAUUAGCAAUGAGGCCAAGGCUCUGGGGGGAUAUGGCGUAGCGAUGGCUGCCCUUGAAAGGAUGGAAAGAGGGAGGACCAUCAAUGUUGGAUGGCUUCAACAAUUUAUAAGGCCGCAUCCUAAGAAGACACUCCACGAAGCCCUCAAGAAAGGAUUGCAGCAACUUUCUGACGACCAGCUCCCUCUAUUCGGACCACUGUGCGGCGCUGUUUCUGAGAUGAAAUCCUCGACGGAGAUCUCAUCCUUCGAGGGGGAUGCCCUCAAGGUACUCCCCGAUGACGCCGGGGAGGAGGUGCGCAUGCCGGGGUUGGCCCCGGACUUCAUUGGUGUCGAGGUGGAAUGGGAAGAAGAUUCCUCGGAGCAAGCCGAGGACGAUGGACAAAGCAAUCCCGAGCCAGAAGGGAUGUCGGCUCCUCCUCCCGAUUCGUACUUUGUUCAUCAUUUACACCUACUGAUUCUUGAAGAAGAUGAGACGCACUCCCGCUUGGUACAGUGCUUCAGGCAGCAAGAGGAAGAGUGGAAGCGCCGACUUCACCAAUACGACGUGGACUUCCAUGCUUCCUUAACCCUCGAGGCUAACAUUUAUGAGGAGAUGGAAAAACUGAAGUCGGAAAUCUCUCAAUUGAGGAGGCGCGAGAAGAUCGUUAUUUCUCCGUGGUUCCCCGAAAAGAUCGACACGCUUGCCUUGGUCGAGUCGCAGAUAAAGAUCCGCACUAAACGUUUUAUUGCUGCCAUCGACCUCCUGAAGAAAAGGACCAAGGAGGUGGAGUUCUAUUCAAAGCAAGCAAACAUUCUGCAGAAUAUAUUGGUGGACAACGAGAUUUCCUUGCCUAUUCUCGACGACCUCGAUCCGAAAGACGAAGCUCGGGAGCGAGCAGCUGCCAAGGAAUACCUUCUUAGAAUCGACGACCAAGAUUGGGAGAUUCUAGAUUUGAAGGAUAAACUCGGGCAUUGUGUUCAUAAGCUUAGGUCGAUGGGAUGGUCCGGCCUUAUAAAGCCUUCUCGUUUUAACCCUAAGGGGAAGGACCUCAGGAUUUAG